CCCCGGCCCGUGACGUUGCCUGUGUGCAAGUGACCGAUGCCCCGCCAUCCAGAAACGCUCCGAUCCUAGUGACACUAUACAUGCCUUUGCUUGAAGAGCUACUGAGCAAAGGUCGGACAACCGUCGCCCCUAGAAGAAGGAUCAUUCACUCAUUUCGAACCUAUCACAGCCGGCCCGCCUCGCAUUCGGUCACGAGAAAUCCCAGAUCCGGGCCUAAACUAUCCAGACCGAAACCGUAUUGCCACUCAGCCUAGACUGAGGGACCUAGCUGCGCUUCGUCGUAGAUCCAAACUCAAUUGUUUUCCGAUCUAACCACGCAUCCUGGAUAUCCGACCUUUGCAAACACGACCUCAAACAUCGGGCACGGAGCCCCACCGGUUGAGCUCCGUUGCAUGUCAUCUUCCGACCGAACGGGCCAGGAGUCCAAGCUCACGAGCUCCGUCUCGGAACAUGCUCCCCAGGUCACCACGGCCGCAGAGUUGAAUUCGUCUCUGCCUGUCGAAUCCUUUGAAGAAGACCUGAAGAACCCGUCGACCACCACGGCUUUCAAGAUGGCUCCACGAGAUGAGAACCAGCUCAACGGUCAGGUCGAGGACCUGAUAGACCUCAACGAGGCACCGUCACUCUCAAGUACAGAGGUUGUCAAGGAUAAGACGGUAACUGGCACGGAACAAAGGCCAACAACGGAGCCACUAGCACAGGAACAUCCCGAAACUAUGGAAUCGUCGAUAGCAACCCUCAAGCCUACCAGUCCACCAUCAACAACCGUUGCAACACAAUACCUGACCAUCGAGGCCAGCACCUACAUCGACCCGACCCCACCAACUCCAGACGGAUCACAACCCCCAUCCCGAACGCCCUCCAACGCCCGUCGCUCCUCAAAUGCAACCUCACCAGCCGCCUCUGACGGUGCAUACGACUUUGACAAGCGAUAUGUCAGCGAAGAUGAACAGGAACAUGGUGGGAGCAGCAGCCGGUCUGAGAUUCAGAGCAUCAUGGAGCAGUUCACUGGCGACGGUGGCGGCCCAGGUGCCGAUGAGGUCAUGUCGCCGCGACUUGAGAUUGCUGGACCCAUGCUGGGAACGCCGCAGCAGCACCCGCCUAGAAAGUCGAGUCUCGAGCCGCUAGCGCCGAGUAUCGCAUCGCAUUUUCAGGAUCUAAAUGUGUCCGCCUCUCCACCAUCUGCAGGGAAGGCCAAGGAGGUGGCAGUGGAGGACGAGGCGGGACCACCAGUGCCGCCUAAGGACAUCACUGUUCCCGACCCCGCGACGUCGCAAGACAGCCUGGCCGAGCAAGUGCUCUCGCCAACUGUAUCGAUGCACCGGCCGCCACCGCCCGAGCCUGACGAAGAGCCAGCCCUUCCGUUUGACUUCCACCGCUUCCUCGAACAGUUGCGGAAUAAGAAGGCCGAUCCUGUAGCCCGGUACCUGAAGUCAUUUCUUUCCGAAUUUGGAAAGCGGCAGUGGAUGGUUCAUGAGCAAGUCAAGAUUAUUGGCGACUUCCUUGCUUUCAUUGCCAACAAGAUGGCACAGUGUGACGUAUGGCGUGAGGUUUCGGACGCGGAGUUUGACAAUGCACGUGAAGGCAUGGAAAAGCUCGUCAUGAACCGCCUCUACACUCAGACCUUCUCGCCUGCCAUACCUCCACCACAACCCAUACCAGGGUCUAAGCCAAACAGGAAGCGAGGCGGCGAGCGGCCGAUGGGGCCCGGAAGGAGAGGUCAGCAUCAGGAGGAUGUUGAAAGAGACGAGAUCCUGGCACAAAAGAUCAAGAUCUAUGGUUGGGUGAGGGAAGAACAUUUGGACAUACCCCCGAUCGCGGAGAGUGGACGAAGGUUCUUGAAGCUUGCGCAGCAGGAGCUACUCAAGAUAUCAACAUAUCGAGCACCACGUGACAAGAUAAUAUGCGUUUUGAACUGCUGCAAGGUUAUAUUCGGACUACUCAAACACUCCAAGUCGGACUCCUCCGCCGACUCCUUCAUGCCGUUACUCAUCUACGUCGUCCUCCAAGCCAACCCUGAUCAUCUGGUAUCCAAUGUGCAGUACAUAUUACGAUUCAGGAACCAAGAGAAACUGGGUGGCGAGGCCGGAUAUUAUCUCUCAUCCCUAAUGGGUGCGGUGCAGUUCGUGGAAAACAUGGACCGGACAACCCUAACCAUCACUGACAACGAGUUUGAGCAAAAUGUUGAAAGGGCAGUAAUGGAAAUCGCAGAGAAGCACCCGCCGCAGUCACCACCCCUCCCACCUUCACAGUCAGAAAAGCCACACUACAAUUCUCACCAUAACAACCACUACAACGCUGGUGAAUCAUCGUCAACCUCAGCUAGACCAUCUCUGGACAUCAUAUCCGACGGCGUCAGACCUGGCACGCCUCGGCGCUCGACGGACGGCGGCGAGUCGUCAGAUGUGGACAAGGAGGCCCCCAUUUCGGGCUUGCUGCGAUCUAUUCAGCGGCCGCUCAGCCAUAUUGGACGCAUGUUUACCGACGAACCGUCUCCUGUUUCAGGUCCGAGCCGAGGUAGCCCCGUACACACCCCACAGCCGCGGCGAUCCGAGGAGGCACCAGGGCAGCAGCAGCAAAAGAUUCGACAGCACUUGUCAGCAGAAGAAGCGGCGGCAAGGCAGGCAAGCGCAGAGGCGGCAGAGGCACAGAGGCUUCACCGUGCUGAGCAUGCCAACAUUGUCGAAACAUUGGCGGGCAUGUUUCCAGACCUGGAUCGUGACAUCAUCAGCGAUGUCGUGUAUCAGAAGGAGGGAAGGGUUGGAUUGGCUGUUGACGCGUGCCUUGCGCUGUCGGCAUGAGGGGAUGAGAGGAAGAUAUUCUCAACUAGACAUGUUUAAGGCCAUAUGAAUAUAUAUACUGGCCAGGCACGAAGCCAAGUAUAUGCGUAACUGCGCUUAACGAUGAUCCGUUUCGCAGCUGGGAGGCUAAUUGCUAAUAUCGGAGGAUGACGGCCAGCAUCUGCUACCAACACUGGGGAGACUGAGUUUGAUGUCGUUUUAGCCAGCAUUGCUCCACAACGAAACGUGGCAUUGUAUCUUGAUUGAAUCGAAAGCAUAGCCGCAAUUUGCAGGUUUUUAUGUUGGAAAGAGGAAGAAGGUUCCCAGUCCAGUUAGGAUAAAUCCUGGAUAUCCCAAAUUUCGGGGAAACGAGUUGUGUCGAACAGUUCGGUCAAACUCAAUGAUGAUGACUUUUCCCCGAA